UUCGAUUGAGUGUUUGAACUUUCAGAGGGGAGGGGGAAAGGAUCAGAUUAUAGGAGGUCACUCAGUUGCCAGAGCUUGAUCCACCCGGUUCCCUUCACCGCGUCUGUUUCAGUGAAAUUGACAAGACGCAAAAAGUUUUGCCGAAACUUUUGCAAAAGUUUUUUUUUCUCUUUUUUUUAUUACAAGAGUUUUGAGUUACAUUUCCCGGUUUUUCUCUAUCUUUCGGGUGAAAGCAAAGUUUUUUUUUUAAAAACUAGAUCUGUGUAAAGCGAGUCAUGCCUCCCCAGGAUUUACUUGAUUAUCGAGCGGGUUUCGCUCCUCCGGUCCCGCCGCACAAGCCCAAACGGAGCGGCCGGAGCGGGUACCUGCAGGAGAGGUUCCUCAAAUGCGUUUUACUGGGGGACGGAGCGGUUGGCAAAACCAGCCUGGUUGUCAGUUAUAGCACGAAUGGUUACCCAACUAAGUAUGUCCCCACCGCCUUCGAUGACUUUUCUGCUGUCGUUCAAGUUGAUGGGACCCCAAUUAGACUGCAGCUGUGUGACACUGCUGGCCAAGAUGAAUUUGACAAACUCCGACACUUCUGCUACCAUAAGACCGAUGCCUUCUUGCUCUGCUUCAGUGUGGUUAGCCCCUCGUCCUUCCAGAAUGUGAUGGAGAAGUGGAUGCCCGAGAUCCGCCAUCACUGCCCUGCUGCCCCCGUGGUCCUGGUGGGCACCCAGUGUGACCUCCGAGGCGAUGUGAAGGUCCUCAUCGAGCUGGCCAAGUGCAAGGAAAAGCCAGUGCCCCCAGAGGCUGCCCGGGCUCUGGCGGAGAAGAUCGGUGCCGUGGCGUACGUGGAGUGCUCCUCGUUGACGCAGAAGAACCUGAAGGAGGUCUUUGACAUGGCCAUCUUGUGUGGCCUGCGCUAUGCUGACAGUCAGGCGAGCAGCGAGCGCAAAAUGAAAAUGUUGACUGCCAACAAAAUGAGGACCUUAUCGAAAUCUUGGUGGAAAAAGUAUGUCUGUAUUGUAUGAGAAUUGGGAGCGAGAAACAUCAGACUUUCAUAAAAGAGGAAUGGGAGACGCUCUCUUUGGGAAAGGAUAAACCUUUCCCAGUUUUGUCCUAGUUGUAAUUUGAUAAUGCAAGAAUGAUCGAUUGAUUUUACCAAUGGUUAGAUUGCUAUCUCUGUCCCCAAGUUUUGAAAGGCAGACUCAUGGGGUUGGGGGAAGGGUGAAUCCUCUAACUAUCCUCAGUAUAGCAAGGUGGGGGGGUGGGUGCCUGGAGGGAAUAACAUCCAGGGUUCUUAAUUCCUGAUCACUGUUCUCUGGAAAUUAGGCUUCCCAGUGUGGACAAAAGAAUGAGGACAGAAUGGGGAAGUGAUGCCUGCCAUGACAGAAUUGCCUGUCACAUGUGAGUAUGGGCAGUCGGAAAGCCCCAGAUUCCCCCUGACCCAUUCCCACACCUUAAUCAAUAUCUUCAUGAAGAAAUUUGGAGUGGGGAAAAGAGGAGGGUUUCAACAAAUCUCUGAACUCUUAUCAUUUCUCUUCCCCACCACGACCUUCAUUUUACUAAAUGCUUUUUUUUAAAAAAACCCUGCAUUUAUAAAGCAUCUUUCAUGACCUCAGGACACUGCAAAGUGCUUUACAGCCAAUGAAAUACUUUUUACAAAUGUAGUCACCCUUGUGAUGUAGGGAAACUGGGCAGGCCAAUUUGUGCACUGCAAGCUCCCACAAACAAGGUGAUAAUGACCAGAGCAUCUGUUCUUAACGAUGUCGGUUGAGAGAAAUAUUGGCUAAGGCACUGGGGAGAACUCCCCAGCUUUUCUUCAACAUAGUGGCCUUGGGAUCUUCUAAAUCUGCCUAAUUUAGCUACCGUUGGGAGCAUACUCGGAGAAGCCAUUGGGAGAACUAUUAUGAUUUUUUUUUGGUAAACAUCUAAAACUCUUUGACAAUCUGAUUUCAGUUGUCGGUGCCUCAAUUGUUCUUGAAUUAUUCCUUGAAUGUAGCAACGCAGACUCCUUUUGCUGGCUCUCAGACACAGACAGUAGUUAGCAUUACUGAUGACGAGGGGCUUUCAAUUCUCUUGAUGCCUGACCGCUGUUGCCCUAGGCAACAGCUAUUUUUGUCUACUCAAAAUGGCCACUCCAAGUGUGUGUGACUGGAUUUGCCAUCGUUUACAUUUGCCUCAGACUUUGUGAACAGCUUGAAAACAAAUACACUCCCCCUGCCCUACCACCCCCACCCCCAACCCCGCCGACCUGAGUUGACCUAGAAAGGGGGAAGGCUCUUGCAAAGAAUAGGCAUCUGAAGCCACUCUGGUGCAAAAUCGCAAAUGCCAGAGUCGUACUGGGUUCCAAACACUCUGCUUUUUAUGUAACGAUGCCUUUCCAGAUUAAAAAAAGCCCAUUGUUAACAACAAGGCAGGUGGCCCAAAUCUAGAGAUUUGGCUGGGUGAAAAUGCAGUUAUAUGGUUAACACACACUCUCUCUUUCCCUCUUUUUCCCCCCACCCCAGCCAGCCCCAGCAAGUUAAUAACCCUGCUGUAAAGAAGCUGGAAUAAUAAAUCGCCUAGGAUAAUUUAACAUUUAAUGACUGGAAUACGUAAGUGAGAAGAAACCAGCAGUGCUGUAACCAAUGGCAACUGUGACCGCCAACCAACAAAUAAUUGGAAGAGGCCUACAAGAAAGCCACAGCCAGGCUAAAUUAAAGUGUUUGAAAAGAAGGACCCUUUAGGGCACUUUCUUUGGCUGCUAGAUAUCGCGCUGGCUGAGUUUACACAGUUUCAUUAAUUUCCUGUGAUUAUUUCACAGUUUCUCUCAGUUGGCCUUUUCAAAUAUCAAAGUAGAUCCUCACCGAAUUCCCAUUGCUGUCAAAGAGCCCCAUUUCCAAAUUGCUCAGCACCCUGAUCUUGUAAAGGGAGGGUGGGAUUUAGACCACUGGCUGGCCUGCAUAGGGCAUACUCUGCCCGCCUGUGUUAAGUGAUUAGAUGCCAUUUGGCAGGAAUGCCAUCAGCUGGGCUGCCAGGGCCUUUUUUACUUUGCGUUUCACACUCAUCGUGCCUCUGCAUGAAGAGGCCUGUGGUUGUAAUUUAGCUCAGCGGUCACGCAGUCUGGGCACUGAAGCAGUAUCCACAGCGGAGGCUGGGAGAUGAGGUGAAGUGAAAGUGGAUGCAGUGAGGUCGGAGUAGCAACAAUGGGGAGACCUCCUAUUUCUGGUGAUACUGGGAUGGGAGGAGUGGGGUGGCAUAUCGGGGAAAGGGAUAAAGAUGAAACAUAGUCCUUACUGCCUGGGCAUCUAAUGGGUUAAAAAGAGAAAAUAUGAGAUUGUGGGGAGAAAAGGGGCAAAAAAUUACUUCGGGUCUCUUUUGGCUGGGAACGCAGGAGAUGUGUAAAAUAUUAUAAGGUGCUUCUUUUUUGCAGAAGCCAAUUUUUGCUCUAUAUAAAUAUAUAUAUAUAUAUAUAUAUAUAUAUAUAUAUAAAAUGCGUUUAGUAGUGAGAAUGUUGUCAAUUGUACAGAAUGACUCUUGAAUCAGCCCACAGCUGCUUCUAUGAAAACAUUAACUCUGUGCUGGAGCCGUCAUUAUUCAGGAGACUGUGUUGUUCCGUGCGGAGCACUGCUUCAUAAGCUGUUGAUCCCAGUGGUUGAGGUAUGAUUAAGACAAAAGGAAAUAAAAAUAAUAUUUGUGUUUUGGAAAA